AGUUUGAAACUGUCGGUCGUUGAGCGCGGAAGUGAGGGUGAUAUUUCUGGUGUUGUUGAAUGGCUGCCUCGAAUGGCAAGCGCCUACAUCUACAUCUCUGUGUGCGUUGUUCGUGUAUGUAAGAAGAAUAUCGGCGGCAACGACGGCAAACAACGUAAAAAUUGUGAAGCAUAAAGGCCAAGAGAAGCGAAAACCCAUCUAUGUAGAAGCCGAAACAGAGCAAGCAGGCAAAAAACCAAGAACCACAUGAGUUUUGUUGUUCUUGCUGCGAAGUGAAGUGAAGAAUUAAAGGGGAAGUGGAAGUGACCUUAGUCUUAGAACCCACCUACCUACCUAAAGGCAGAUAAAGCGUGAUUUCAACCACUGUAUUCGCGUGUUGUGAGUGUUUGUUAAAAACAAAAAAAAAGUAUAUUUCCUAGAGAACAGCAAAAUGUACUUAUAUCAAAGCUCCAUGGAGAUAUGAUAAGACAACAUUGGAGCAGACAACGAAUCUUCUUCCCAACUAUAUAAACGAAAAACAAAAAGGGGAAUAAAAUUUUGCGAGAAAACAUAGAUAAAAACCUGUGUGAAAAUGACAAUUACAUAUACAGGUGAAGUGGCCACUUGUCGGGGCUUUGGCUGUUUUCUCAAAUUACUUCUCAGAUGGCGUGGAAGCAUUUACAAAUUGGUUUGGCUGGAUUUGCUGGCAUUUCUUAUUUGUUACUAUGUCCUCAAUUUAAUGUAUCGUUUUGCUCUAAACGAGGGCCAAAAAGAGACCUUCGAGGCUAUUGUGGAGUAUUGCAAUAGUUAUAGUGAUUUAAUUCCAUUGUCCUUUGUGCUUGGUUUCUAUGUGUCAAUUGUGAUGACACGUUGGUGGAAUCAGUAUACAUCCAUACCGUGGCCUGAUCCCAUAGCCGUAUUUGUUAGCUCCAAUGUCCAUGGCCAGGAUGAGCGCGGACGUGUCAUGAGACGUACAAUAAUGCGUUAUGUGUGUUUAUGCCUAACCAUGGUCUUGGUCAAUGUCUCGCCGAGGGUGAAGAAACGUUUUCCGAGUCUCGAUAAUCUGGUAGAGGCAGGUCUCCUCAAUGACAAUGAACGCACCAUUAUCGAGGCCAUGAACAAAUCAUUCCCAAGGCCCUCCAAACACUGGUUGCCCAUCGUAUGGGCAGCUAGUAUUAUAACCAGAGCCCGCAAGGAGGGUCGUAUACGUGAUGAUUUUGCAGUGAAGACCAUUAUUGAUGAACUGAACAAAUUUCGUGGUCAAUGUGGUCUAUUAAUCAGCUAUGAUACGAUCAGUGUGCCUUUGGUUUACACUCAGGUGGUCACUCUGGCGGUGUACUCGUAUUUCCUCACCUGUUGCAUGGGCCAGCAAUGGACAGAUGGCAAGGUCGUGGGCAAUACUAGCUAUUUGAACAAAGUAGAUUUGUAUUUUCCAGUAUUUACCACGCUUCAGUUCUUCUUCUACAUGGGUUGGCUUAAGGUGGCCGAGUCCCUGAUCAAUCCAUUUGGUGAGGAUGAUGAUGACUUUGAGGUCAAUUGGAUGGUAGAUCGCAAUCUUCAGGUAUCCUAUUUAAUUGUCGAUGAGAUGCAUCACGAUCAUCCGGAAUUGCUCAAGGAUCAAUACUGGGAUGAGGUGUUCCCCAAUGAGUUGCCCUAUACCAUAGCUGCCGAACGUUUUCGUGAGAAUCAUCCAGAGCCCUCGACAGCCAAAAUUGAAGUACCCAAAAGUGCUGCAAUGCCAUCGACUAUGUCGUCUGUGCGCAUCGAUGAAAUGGUUGGUAAUAAUGCCACUGCUGCACCACCAGCUCUGGCUAGUGUUGCCCCCGAGGGGGGUACAAAACUCUUUAUGGAACAGCCACAGCAACAGGGUGUACCCCUGCAGACAGUCACUUAUGACCUAACCAAGGGUGCGCCAGAUGAGGAGGCUGAUGAUGCCAGCGGCAUUCAUUUCUCAGCGGGCAAUGGCAAAAUGCGUCUGGGAUCGUCGCCAUCUCUGGUCAGUGUUUCGGGAACAAUGUCGCGAGUGAAUACAGUAGCCUCGGCUCUCAAGCGAUUCCUCAGCCGUGAUGACAGUCGUCCGGGUUCGGCCACACCAAGUGAAGAGCAGAACAAGUAUCGUUUUCCGGCCAGUGCAAGUUCGGCCAGCCUGACGGGUGGCGGUGGACUGGGCUUGGGAUCGGCCACCUCGGGUGGCAAGCCAGCCGGAAGUCUUCGCAUCACUCAUCAAGUUAUCGAAGAGGUCGAUGAACAGGCCACCAUCACAUCGAUGCGUGCCAAUGAACAGCGUCCCAAUGUCAAGGAUAUUUUUGCUCCACCAUCGCAGCAGGGCACAGAGGGCGGACCAACCACAACUACCCUGCAACCGCCUCCACCAGGCACUCAGCCGCCACAAGGCCGAUCAAAUCCCGUUGAUAUACCCGGACGUACACCGCAGUAUGCUCGGGCACAGUCCCAGUACGAGCCCACACUAUUUCCUCCCGGCGGUGUUGAUGCCUUGCUGAGCACCUCAGCUCCAGCUGGCGGAAGUCCUUCGCUGCUGGCCACAGCGCCCAGUUCACCUGUGGCCGAGAGCGAGAGCACCAAGUCUCUGUUUGAUCAACAGAAGGCAGUCAGCCGUGAGACAGAGAGACCAGAUGCACCUCAGGUUUUCAGGUGGUUCGUGACACCCGUGGAAAAUAUGGAUAUUAGAUCCUCCAAUGAUGUGCUGGCAGGUACAGGCAAUAGCGGACCAGUUGACGAUGGCGAUGAUUUUGAAAAGCUGAAGGCUGCACGAGAAAAGGAGAAACUUAUGCGGCAGCAGAAGACUUUGGUGCGCACCAUCAGCACGGCUCCCGGAGUGGAGCAAGCGGCGGUGCCGUUAGUUCCCGGAGUUCCAGUGACCAUGCCCAUUGGGGCAAUCGUGAGUCAAGUUAAUAACCCGGCCGUCAUAUCGGCUGUGCCGUCUAGCGCCGAUCUUUUGGGUGGCGGCGAGCCCGUCUCAAGUUCUACGAUCAAAUCAGAGGAUGCCACCACUGGCAGUUAAUUAUAAGGACUAUUUGCUUAAAUUAGUAUAUGUUUUUUUUGUUUCCCAUAUUAAUGUGUGUACAUAUUCUUUGAUGUUAGUUUAAAUCUAAGGCAUUAGUUAAUUUAUCUAAGCUGCUAAACUCUAAUAUGCAGAUUGACAGGCACAAUUAAGAAUGCUCAUUAUGUCUAGACGAGCUGGACCUAUGUAUGUAUGUAUGUAAUUAACGCAAUUAUUUAAUCUAUGUAGCUUAAACUGUAAGUAGAAAGUGAUUUGAAUUUUUACAAACAUAAGUUUUUUUUUGUGUAAAUGU